CGGUAAUGCACCUUCAGAGCGAAACAUGCUCAGCCGAGCCGCGCAGGAAGAGUUCAAAGCAAACUUCGAGCGGGCGUGCGAAGCGUGUAGCAAGGACCCGAUCGCCGAUAACGAGAGAGCCGUCGUGCAACUGAAAACCAGCGAACACAGCUUGGAAAUGUGUCAGUACAUUUUGGGCAAUACAACGAGCCCUUAUGCGCUGUUCUAUGGUCUUUUGAUUUUCGAAAGCGUCGUGCGGACUCGGAUACAAAUGUGUGUGCUGAAUGCCGUGGAUCCUUUCCGAUUUCUUGUUGAUCUGGUUUUCUGCCGCUCGGAGAUCUUCUCUUUUUUUCUCCUGGCGCGUGCGGUCCGCACGGUGGUGUCUAUCGUCAGCUGCGACAUGCUUUGCCAGUGGGCGGGUUUGGGGGCCGGCUGUUCGGACCUGGGGGUGUGGGUGAUCCAGUUCCUCUCCGGAGCGCUGGUCUCAAACCAGAUGCGAAUCAGGACGUUCGCGCUCAUGGUCGUGAGCGAGUUGGUCGAGACGCUCCGAGCAGAGGAUUCGGAGAAGUUUCAGUCGACCUCUUUUUUUGAAAUGUUUUGGAUUCAGACCAAAACGGCCUUGCUCGGGGGCGUUAGGGAACAGGUUCUUCAGGCAGCGCGAGACUCCGAACUGCCGCUGGAUGAGGAAAGGAGAGACUGGAUGAAGCAAGGAGUCAACGCGUGCACGAGCUUGGUGACUUGGAUCUGCACCGAACGACUUGUACAGUCGAGUUGCGAGGAAGAUAACGAUAGCGCGGCCGUCGGUGCAAGCGUGCUCGACGAAUACGUGAAUAUAUACAAGAGGUUUCGAUGCGAUGCGGAGUUGGCCGAAGUACUGCAAGAGGCGUGCGUACUAGUGUCAAAUCUUUUGUCAGUUGAAAGCGUUUUUGGCUAUUUUUUCGAGCUCGGCCAGCUGCCGCAACUGACGGACCGAGAACUGCGAAGAUGGCUGCAGAUGGCCGCAAGUAUGCUCGAGUCUGCGCUGGAGCUACCGAGGGACCGCUCGCCGUGGCCGGUUGCGGAUGAGUCGACUUGGUGUCAAUUUGCCUCGGUCGUUGCCUUGAUGACGACGCGGGGAACAGUGGUGCGGGCUGCUACAGGGGAGGGAAUUGGCUGCGAGGAGUUGAGGCUGGCGCUGCAGUGCUGGAAGGGGCUGGCGGACUUGGCCGAAGGUCAAUAUUUGUUCGAAAACUUUUUUACUGAAAUUUUCAAGAACAUGGUCGACUUUUUGCUGGACGCGCCGACUGCGGCGCCUCCUUACAGGAGUGCGAAGCUGGCGCUGAAUAGCUGGGCGGUUUGCGAGGACUUGACGAACCUGGCCCAUAUUGGGAGGUUUUCGUUCGUCGAAUCCGCGCGCGUCUUGACACGUUCUAUACAAAGCGCCUGUCAAAAUGUUCGGUCGAGCAUUUGCAGUUUGGUCGAAGCGAGCGCUUGGAGCGCCGAUGCGAGUCGCGAGGUAGACCGCCGUCUCCUGGGAGUCAAUUUAGAGAGAAUGUGUUGGCUCGUCAUGGCGUCGGGGUACUUUCUUUGCGACAUAUCACCUGGCGAGUGCGUGAGCGCGCCCUGCGCCGUGGGCCGCCUUCGCGAAUCCGAAUUGUCCGCGAUGGAGGAGUUGGUUGAGCAGGUGUUUGCUUGUUCGCGACUGGAGGACCAGUGGCUCGAGGCGAGAAGGGGGGAGUGCAGCGCGGUUGAGUGGAGUUCUGACGUUGGUCAAGUUAUCGCGUGGUUUAUCUCCUAUUAUGCGCCCGUUUACUUGGUUUCCGAGAGCGGGGUGUGCGCGUCGGACCCGGCCUCGCGUCUGGAGUGGUGUUUUGAAAAAGUGAGGCUGAAUCUGAAUUGUUGGUACGAUCAAGAAGAUGUUGUGCUGGCCACCUGCGACAUCCUCGGACGGCUCGACAUGGCCGACAGAGAGCUGCUCGGACGCACUCUGGCGAGGGUGCGAAAUCUCGAGGCGCUAUUCGAUGCGUCGUGGGAUUGGCAGCGGCGUACAUCGCUUCGAGUGCAAAAAAAGUGGAUAUCGUCUCUGGUCAAUUUUUGCUUCAACGACGAAAAAGCCGUCCAGCGGCGUCACCUCGAGCUCGUAUUUAGGCCGAUCGCGUGCAGGCUCGAGCGCAUAUGGCAGGAAAUCCAGUCGUGCGGUGAAGCUAGAGGGUGCUCGGCGAGUUACGCCGAGGAGGUUCAGUGCGUCUUGACUCAGCUUCGCGGAUUUGAGGCCUGCUAUCGCUCUUCGCUUUCGGAUCAAUGCGCGCAUUUGAUUCUGGAUUAUUUUCCGGUUUUUCCGAAACUCGCACAAAUUUUCGCAUCUUUUCCGGUCGCUCGACUCGUCUUCGGUCUCUUUGCCGACUUCUCCGCGUACCUCUUGCCCAUGGUGGAGGAGUCGGCGCGAUGCGCCGUCUUUUACUCGAGCGCGGAGAGCCUGUUGGAGCUCUACCGAGACGCGUUGGACCGUCCCGCCCAGAUUUUGUCCGGAUUUCUCCAGUUGACGCAAGAAGAGGAGGCGCAACAACGCUUGUCCCUCUUGAAGAAGUUCGUUCGAUUGAUGGACGGCGUCGCCGCGACGCGCGGAGAAUACGCGAAUCGGCUCGUGCAGCUGGGCGCAACCGCUUUGGAGCGGGCGUUUUCGACCAGCUUGUUGCAAAAUCCGCCGCUCUGCAAAAAUUACUUCGCGUUUUUUCUCCGGGUGAUCGAGUGUCCUCGCUUCGUCGAGUCGCUAGGCGACGCGUCGCUCGCGCGCAUCGUCGACAUAUUGGACUGCGGGCUGUGUUCGAGUGACGAGCAUGUCGUGGCGAAGUCUCUGGAGUCGAUCAAGGCGUGCGCGCGAGCGACGUCGCGCGGCGCCUUCCGCGCGAUUCAAGAGAGAAGAACAGUCAUAGCGAAGUGCGCCCGGUGCGUGUUGGAGCGCCUCUUGCUCGAAAGUUGGAGAAAGGACCUGAUCCAGCUGGCUGCCGCUGCCCUGGCCGCGCUCGUGCGCGCGGAGCGCGAGGCGGUUUUCAGCGCGCUGGAGGCGUUCGUCGCCGGUCAGGACGAGAGAAUCAGGAGCAAGCUCGAAUGGGAAGCGAGGAGGCUGCUCGACGGGGCGGCGUGGAGCGCUCGCGAUUUGAAAUUGGAGCCGUUCGCGUACGCGGUGAGGGGCGCGUUGGAGUUCGUCAACGCGCUUUGAGCGCGGUUGGAAAAGGGAGAGGGGGAGCGGACCGUCUCGGCGCGAGAGCGAAUGGCCGUAUCCGGUCUCGCGGCGCUUCGCGCGGAUCAGGGGGGGGGGAAAAAAAAAAAAAAGAAGUCCGAGAACGGAAAAUUCGGGAAGCGGGAUCAGAGAGAGAGUGUGUGUGUGUACGUAUGUUCGGCGAACCAGUGUAUUCUCUAGUCCAAGUCGAUGUCCUUCAAAAUGCUCGCCUUGUAGGAUGAGAAGUCCCCGUCCCACUUUUUGACGGUCUUGUCUUGGACGACCCAUAUCUCGUCGCAGCAGUGGGUGAUGACGCGCUCGUCGUGGGACACGACGAUGAUUGCGCCGUUGUAGGCGUUGAGGGCGUGUAUGAGCGCUUCGACGGUUUCCAAGUCGAGGUGGUUGACGGGCUCGUCGAGGACCAGCAGGUGGGGAGCUUGAAAUGCCAUGUAUGCGAACACGACGCGCGAUUUUUGGCCGCCCGACAGCGUGUCCAUCUUUUGCACGGCCAUGGUGCGGGAGACGCCGUACUUUCCGAGCCAGCUUCUGUAGAAUUGAGAGUCGUAUCCGGGAAAGAGUUCGGCGAAGAAGUUCAGCGCCGUGGAGUCCGGGUUCAGGUUUUCGACGUGAUAUUGGGAGAAAUAGGCCAACUUCAGUCUGGCGUGUUUGAAGAGAAGCCCCUUCGAUGGCUCGAGGUGCCCGGUGAUCAGGCUCAGCAGGGUGCUCUUUCCCAUGCCGUUGGCGCCUAUGAGGGCGACGCGGGAGUCCUGGUCGACGCUAAAGCUGACCUGCUCGAAGAUGGCGCAUUCCUGCUCGUAUCCGAAGGCGACGUCGUGGAACUGGAUGAUGGGCGACCUCAGCGCCUCACACUCCGGAAAAGAGAACGACAAGGUGGGAUCCUCGGUGAUUUCCGGGAUGAUUUCCAUCUUUUCCAGGCGCUUGAUUCUGGACUGCACCAAGGAACUCCUCUUCGAAUUGUAGCGGAACCGGUCGAUGAAACGCUGUAUGUGAGCGCGUUGCGCUUCCUGGUUCUCGCGCUGCUUGACCUGCGUCCUGUAGCGCUCGUUGUAGACGCGCUGGAAGGACUCGUAGUUACCGCUGUAGUAAGUGAGCUUGCGGUCCUUCAGGUGCACGAUAUCCGUGGCGACGUUGUUCAAAAACUGGCGGUCGUGGGACACAAUCAAGACGCUCUUCGACCAAUUCUUCAAAUAGGACUCCAGCCAAAUCGUACUUUUCAAAUCGAGCAUGUUCGUCGGCUCGUCCAACAGGAGAAAGUCCGGAUCGCAGAAAAGCGCUCUCGCGAGAGCCGCGCGCAUCCUCCAACCCCCCGAAAACUGCUUGCUCGGGAGCUGCUGCAUUCGAGAGUCAAACCCAAGUCCAGAGAGAAUUCGAGACGCCUUCGCCUUCGCGUCGUACGCCUGCAUCUCGCUGAGCGACUGGUACACCCCGCUCAGACGCUGGUCCAACUCCACCUGCAAGGACGAUCCCGCGGGCGCCUCGGCCAACCCGGACUGAAUCUCCUUCUCCUCCUGAAACAACUUCUGCAUCUCCACGUCCGACGACAACACGCCGUCAAUGAUCGACACGUCGUCCCCAGCUAUCUCCUGCUCCACGUGAAAUAUGCAAAUGUGACUCGGCACGCCCACCUCGCGCAUCGAAAUCGCCCUCAACAACGUCGACUUCCCAGAACCAUUUCGACCCACAAGACCGUACUUUCGUCCAAAAAUCAAAUGCAGCGACGAAUUCUCAAUCAACGUGUUCCCCGCAACGCUCACCUGCACGUUCUCCACAAACACGUCGCACCUAACGCUCCCCGCAUGCCUCUUCCGAUCCACGACGAAACUCGACGGCGACAUCACGAAAUCUCGCGACUUCCCCGUCUGCGCCCCCUGAAUUCUGGCCCUCCUCCCACUCCUCUUAAACAACGUCUCGCUCGGCAAGUAAUCGGCCGCUCUAACCUCCGGCCCAGCCGGCUCCCUGAAAAACAAAUCCUUAAUCCGCACGGGCGCGGGCAGCUUAACCGGCUCUGGCGCAUCCGUCUGAUGUAGCCCCCCCCCCGUCAAAAAAAAAAAAUAAAAAAAAAAUAAAAAAA